CUACUGCGGGCGCUAUUCACAUUUAACAGUGAACUGAAAAUGAUUUGUUUUGAUUAUGACGUUGAAGUCGAAAUUAUUUAGAGGUCAAGUUGGGCUUAUCAGUGACUGAAGGUAAUUUUGUUCGUUCUUAUUCUUCCAUGAUUUAUGCGACUUUUCUUCCACAUGUAAUAUUGAUUUAUAUAAGCAUCGAUUCCUGGCUGUAAGUUAGCCCCACUAGUGUGGCCGCGGUAUAGCCACACACUAGUUCCAGUGGGCUAGCUGUAAGUAGGAGUUCGUUGUAAAGGGCAAACAUCAUGAAUUCGCCACCUCCACCUUAUAAUGGUCAUCAACAGGUCACACAGCAGCCACAACCUAUGGUUGCAAUUCAGCCGAAUCCGUCAGCCUCGGACACAACUGGGUCUCGUAGUUACUGGAAGGGUUUACAGAUCACUGGUUACAUGCAAGUGGUUCUGGGCGUCAUCUCGGUCCUGCUUGGCUUUCUAGCCAUUGUCUUCAAGUCGUUCAUGUAUCCAAUCGGAAUCCCGAUUUGGUCGGGGAUUUGCUUUUACAUCAUCACUGGCAUUUUUGGAAUUGCAUCUGGCAGAAAGCAGGCAAAAGGUUUGGUGAUUACAUACAUGGUUCUGUGUAUCAUGACAGCGUUGGCUGGCUGUGGUGUGUGCAUUGCUCAUGGCAUCGGCAUUUUGAUUCAAGGGUUCGUUGGAUGCCCUGACUUCCAGCACCAUCCAUAUCUCAGUAAUCAUGACCCGUAUGAUUUCAUAUACAGGGUGGGGUGCUCAUCAUCAUUCUCAUCCCGUGCAGCCAUCAACGGUCUGAUCUCUGUGCUCGGUUGCAUUGAGAUGAUAGUGGCCAUCGUUGGAGCCAGUUUCACCUGUUGUGUCUUGUGCCAUUCCACCACUCCAACUCAAGUGGUAACCUACACUUCUACUGUUCCCCAGCAGACAGUGGUUCAAUACGCUGCCACACCUCAACAGCAGUAUGUCCAGCAGCCUCAGUAUGGUAACGCUAUGUACCCCGUGCAGCAAGUUGUCGUUGCGCCCCCUCAGUAUCAACCCCAGGCCCAGGGGCAGGUGCAGAACCAACCUACCCCCCAAGGACAAGCACAGGCUCCGCCCCCUGAAAAGCUUCCUCCUGCAGAUUUCUAAACUGCAGGACAAAACCAAACGAAGGAUCACAUCUCUUACCACAGGUUAGCAAAGUGAAAGUAACUUUUAUCGUUUUGUUAGUUUGAGCAUUUUUCAGUGUAUGUUUCCUUGAAACAGGCAUGGAACUUUUCCCCAUAUAUGCUGAUUUCUUUUCUUUACUUUCCAUGUGGGCCAUUGAAAAUAGAAAACACUGUACAAAG